GCGCGGUUCGCGGCGGACUUCAGUGGCUUUCCCCUCGAUUUUGCAACUUGUGACCCUGGAAAGUCGACUCAUUUUCAGCCUUUUUCCGCCUUUCUCGCACCUGCUAUGACAAUUUCCGUCCGGACGGCUCAUUGCGUUCCAAUAUCCGCGUGAAAAUCGCUCGGACAAGCAAACGGUUCUCGAGGAAGACGAGAUUUUCUUGGGCGUGUGCACGCCUCGCGAUCCCUCGUUCCCGAGCCUGCAGCUCGUUUUCCCAGAAGCAUAUGACGGCCCAAAAAAGUCUGAUUCGAAGCCCGAGAAAUUUACCUAACCGAGUCCCAGGCAGAUGAAGAUAAUGACAGAUGAUGACGCCACCCUGGAUUCAAUGGACACGGAAGAAGAUAUUUUUAGCCCUCGCGGGCGCAACAGCAUUGGUGGAACAAUCCGACGGACCAAGAGUCUUCGCACUCUACGAUCCCACGCCUCUACCAGUUCGCACAUUGCCGCAAGGCAUAAUCUCAGCGUUAGGCGCAGCACGCGCAACAGAAUGCAGACCUAUGAUAAUCUCAACACCAGUUGGAUUCUAGGCACGCAAACGUUGAAGGGAUACCCGAUGUUCCCGCAGCAUGGAUCCUCAUCCGACAAAGAAAUGGUGGAUGAUGUUCCCGAUCGGAAGCGUGAUCUCAGGGACCGUAUGCCCCUGAGAUCACGGGAAAAUCAUCCACCGAGUAAUAAAGAGUCGCCUCGUCACAUGCGUGAGAGGACAGAGCAUGAUCGAGCACCAAUUCGGGAACUUCGUGGCAGGCCGGAGAGGGACCUCGCGGAAAGAAAUGAUCGUGAUCAUGAUCUGAGAAAUAGAUCUGAGCGGGAGAAAAAUUUACGGGAGAUAAAGGAGCGAAAUGAGGGGGAGAUUAAGGUUAAAACGGAGGUUCGCGACAAGUCGGACGCGAGGACACCCACCGAGGAAAAGGACAACACUAGAACACGGAAGUCGGACAGUCCCGGUAGAUUGAGAGAAGGGCCGAUAACGAGACAUGGUGGAGGUUCGGUGAUUAAAGAUACGAAGAGCAAGGCCGAGGAGAAUGAAGCUGAUGAGGAUAGUUCUCAAGAGAGUGAGAAAGCCGGCAACAACUCGGAAAAUGAGGCAGGUUAUACGGACAUGUACACUAGAGUUAAGCGAACGAGAAGACAAUCGCAGCGUCAGUUGACGAGGAAAAAAUUAGACAGUGACAUGAGUGAGUCGUCAGACACGCCAGGUCCGAGAAAAUACAGUCUGCGUCAGAAAAAGCCGACUGUCGACAGAUUCCAGGCAAAUGUUGAGCCCGUUCGUCGAUCUAUUCGGGCUUUGCGGAGCGUUCUCACCAAUUCGAUGAGGAGGCGCAAGCACAGGAGCAAGAGUACAAGCUCGAGCGACUCGAGCGAUUCCGAGCCCAAAAGAUAUGAUAAGAAAAAGAGUAAGAAGGCCAGACAAUCGGCCAUACCGCAGGGAGGUCCACCGGAUCGCAAAGCGGACAUAAAUCCCAUCACCCUGGACACCAACAUCCGCUUCAACGAUGUGGGAGGCCUCGAGUCGCACAUUCACUGUCUGAAGGAGAUGGUCGUCUUCCCGAUGAUGUAUCCGGACGUGUUUGACCGUUUUCACAUCACACCGCCGAAGGGCGUGCUCUUUCACGGCUCGCCGGGGACCGGGAAAACCCUGAUAGCGCGCGCCCUCGCGAACGAGUGCAGCCAGGGCAGUCGGAAAGUCGCCUUUUUCAUGCGCAAGGGCGCCGACUGUCUCUCCAAGUGGGUCGGCGAGUCGGAGCGCCAACUCAGGCUGCUCUUCGAGCAGGCCCAGCAGAUGAAGCCCGCGAUUAUUUUCUUCGACGAGAUCGAUGGCCUCGCACCUGUCCGAAGUACAAAGCAAGAUCAGAUUCACGCGAGCAUUGUCUCGACACUUUUGGCCCUCAUGGACGGUCUCAGCGAUCGCGGAGAGGUGAUCGUUAUAGGCGCGACCAAUAGAAUUGACGCGAUCGAUCCGGCAUUGCGACGUCCGGGCCGGUUCGAUCGGGAACUCUUCUUCCCUCUGCCGCCGAUGAAGGAGCGACUCGAGAUCUUGAAGAUUCAUGUGAGCAAGUGGCACACGCAGCCGGCCGAGCAUCUUCUUGAAGCUUUGGCGGAAAAAUCGCGAGGUUACUGCGGUUCGGAUUUGCGGGCGCUCUGCACCGAGGCGGUUAUACAGGGCCUGAGGAGGACCUAUCCCCAGAUUUAUUUGACCGACAAUCGGCUGCUUCUCGAUCCAAAGCGAGUUGAGAUUCGAAAAAGAGACUUUGUGCAAGCGAGUUCACUUCUCGUCCCAUCGUCUCACCGUUUGGCACCUUGCGCCGGCCGGAAACUGGAGCCCUUCCUCGAGCCGCUUUUGGGACCAUCGCUCGAUAUUUUGCUAAACACCGUCAAGGGCAUUUUUCCCCAGGGCAUCAAUCCAGCCUUGGCAAAGGUGAAGGUGAGCAAGGGCAUUCAUUGGCCGCGACUCUUGAUUUCGGGGGGUCCAAUGGCGCAAGGCCAGGGGCCGCGACUCGCCCAGGCUCUGAUUUAUCGAAUGGAGCAUUUGCCAGUGCAGACGCUCGACGUGAGUACCCUCUUUGCGGAGAGUGCUCGCUCGCCGGAGGAAACCUGCGUCCAGGUGUUCAAUGAGGCGGUGCGCAAUGUCCCGUCGAUCAUCUACAUCAGGUCGAUCGAUCAGUGGUGGCCCCUCGUCCCGGAGACGGUCAAGGCCGUCUUUCUCUGUCGAAUCGCGGCCCUCGAUCCACCCGCGCCUAUUCUCGUUCUCGCGACGAGUGACGCCACCUAUCGGGAUCUGCCGAUUCAGCUGCGCAAUCUGUUUAGCGAGCUGCGCAGCGAGGUCUACUCGAUGAAGGGGACGAGUGAGGAGCAGAGAAGCCGCUUUUUCCGGCAUGUCUUUCUCGUGCAGAGUCUGAAGCCGCCCCAGAUGAGGAUGGAGAGGUCGCGGGUAAUGGAGGAGUUGCCGGUGGCGCCGGAUCCCCUGCCGAAGAAAUUGAGCGAGGAGGAGAAGCGUGUGCUCUUUGAGAAGGAGGAGAUUUCUCUGCGGGAGUUGAGGAUUUUUCUCCGUGAGAUUUGUGCCAAACUUGCGAGGAAUAGACAAUUCUUCAUGUUCACGAAGCCAGUGGACACGGAGGAAGUUCCAGAUUACAAUAUGAUUAUUGAAAAGCCAAUGGAUCUGGAAACAAUGAUGACGAAAAUCGACAUGCACUGUUAUCUUUGCGCUCGCGACUUCCUGGACGAUAUUGAUCUAAUUUGUCGAAACGCUCUCGAGUACAAUCCCGACAGAGACCCGGCCGACAAGCUGAUAAGACACCGAGCUUGCUCUCUCCGCGACAAUGCCUACGCCCUGAUAAAGGCCGAACUCGACUCGGAUUUCGAGGACAAGUGUCGCGAGAUCUCGAAAAACAGACAAGUCACGACGACCAGUCACAACAGUCGGGCGAAUGUCGAGAAGGUCGAUAAGGGCUCGAAGGCGGAUUCGACGCCGGCGAACGAGAAGAGCGAGAAGAAGACGUCGCAGUCGACGGGCGCUCUAGCGGUUAACGGGAGACGGUUCCCGAGCUCGAGGAAGAGGCGAAUACCGGCCUGGGCGAGGGGAUAUGUCAGGAAGGUGACCAAGAAGAAGAAGAUUUCCUUUGAGGAUAGUAUAGGCGAUGCGAACACGCCCAAAACUGUCAAUGGCCAACCUCCACCAAGCGUCGAUCUCGAAAAGUUUCAAAAUUUCGAAACAGAAGCGCACAGUGUACUUAACGGACACGUGAAUAUCUACGAGAACACGGAUUCCGAGGCGGAAUCACAAAAUGAAACUUUCAAGGACGCGCAAACAAGUCAUAUGGAGACGAGUCCAAAUAAAUCAUUGAGCGUAAGUGCGGAUCCAGUUCCCGUAGAGGAGAAGGCACCCGAAAAUGGAAGUUCCGUGUCAUCAUCAAGGCGGGAGAGUGUGGAUGAUUUGUCUUUUGCGAUUGACAGCGAUUCCAUAAAAGUAUUCACUGUAGAAACUCGAUUAUCCGAGCCGAGAGAUUUUUCCUGUAUUGGAGGCCUUGAUAAACAUAUCAGAAUUGUCAAGGAGAUGGUACUUUUUCCACUGAUGUAUGGAGAAGUUUAUGCCAAAUUUAAUUUAAGACCGCCACGUGGUUUGCUGUUCUAUGGCCCACCCGGCACAGGCAAAACAUUGGUGGCGAGUGCAUUGGCAGUGGAAUGCAGCAAUUCGGAACGAAAAGUCUCUUUUAUAUCAAGGAAAGGUUCGGACUGCCUCAGCAAGUGGGUUGGCGAAAGUGAAAAAAAAUUACAAAAAAUUUUCACAAUGGCGCAGCAAACGAGACCUUGCAUUAUUUUUUUCGACGAGGUUGAUGGUUUAGCACCGGUAAGGUCGAAUCGUCAGGAUUUUGUCCACGCUAGUGUCGUUUCCACACUUUUGGCAUUAAUGGAUGGUUUGGAUAACAAUUCGGAAAUUAUUGUAAUUGGAGCUACAAACCGAUUGGAUGCGAUUGAUCCAGCUCUUCGAAGACCGGGCAGAUUUGACAGAGAGCUGUAUUUUCCUCUGCCGUGUUUUACCUCCAGGAAGGAGAUACUUGCGGUUCACGUGAAGAGUUGGAAACAGAAACCACCCCAAAAGUUUCUCGCUUAUCUGGCAUCUAAAACUCUCGGAUAUUGUGGAAGUGAUCUUCAGGCUUUGUGUGCUGAAGCCGUGAUGUGUUGUGUUAGGCGAAAUUAUCCUCAGAUUUACACUUCGAAGUCCAAAUAUCACAUAAAUGAGAGAUCCCUCAAAGUGGAUAAACAAGAUUUCAUAAAAGCUCAACAAAACAUUGUUCCAGCGUCACAUCGAGUGGCGGUUGCACCAGUAAAGUCCCUCUCAGCGAAAAUCCAACCUUUGCUGAAAGAGACGUUCACAGUUAUAAUGGGUAGACUCGAAAUUCUUUGUCCCACAGGAAUGCUGACUUCUGAUAACAUAACCGGCAAGGCCACUUCAAGGUCCACAAGCUGCUCAAGGAUUUUACUAUGCGGAAACGACAACUGCCACACGCGGCACUUGGGCCCUGCUCUUCUUCACACACUCGAACAUCUACCAUGCCAUAUCUUGGACGUCACUACUCUCUUCGAGGAGACCGGAAGGGCCGUCGAAGAAGCUAUAAUACAAAAAGUGAAGACUGCUCGACAUACACUGCCGUCCUUAUUAUAUGUGCCUGACAUCAUGGCUUGGUGGGAAUUAGUCGACGAAGCAGCGAGAGUCGUUUUUACAUCUCUCCUCCGUGGACUCGAUCGCUCUGUCCACAUGUUAAUUGUCACGACAGCUUCUUGGGAUCACUCAAAUUUGCCACCCGAGAUUACAGCUCUAUUUGACAUACAUCAAGGAGAGGUUUACGAGCUUCGACCACCUUGCGUUGAUGAAAGGCAGACCUACUUUCGAAAAUUGUUUCUAAAGGCAAAUUCUGUAGCAGAUGAUCUUUCCUAUAGAUCUUCAACUGAAGACAUCUAUGUACAGCCAAAAAGAAAGCCCAAAACUGAGGGCAGAGGAAGAACAAAACUGAGUAAAGUGCGUUCCGAUCAUUCCACGAGUAGCUCGAGAUCAAAAAUCAGCGUAAAAAGAGAGCACAGUGCUUCUGGCGAAGGCACUGUAACGAAGCGGCAAAAAGUCCUCCCAAAAUCGAGUUCUGAGAAACUCACAGAGGCCCAAAUUCAGGAUCUCCUGAUGAGAACAAUCCAGCUUACGGAGAACUGGACGAGUGAAGAGCUCGAAAGCCUCUAUUCGUCUCUUGAACUUGUGAUGGAAAAUUCAGAGGACGAUGCUUAUUUAUCAAUGACAGAGUGCUUGACGCAUUUCCAGGAAAGUCGGAAGGCCACAUCUCUUGCGAGGGAAGAGAACUGCUCUCUCGACAAUCAAGGAUAACGUCAGGCGCGAAAGAAGAACUUUAAUUUAUUUCCUCCUAAUUUUCAAAAAUGAAUGAUAUCGGAUUGACUCGUGCCUUUCAGUUCAAGGCCAGUGCGACUUGACUCUAGAACGGAAAAGCAGAAUUUCAAGUCGAAUUACUGAAAAAGAAUUCUCCAUCCUAAGCAGUUGAAAAAUUCGGCAGCCUUCGAACAAGCACUUUUUAUAACAAAUUGUGCGUUUAAAAAAUUGCGUAAUUUUAUCCCAGUCUUGUUUUUUUUUAUCUUUUUGUCCGAUUGUGUAUGACCACUGUUA